AAUGGCCCCUGGUUUUCACUCUCCCAAAGAAACCAUCUGUAUUUCCCUUUCAGCUAUAAGCCUAGAAACCUCCAAUUGUCUCCUACCAUUUACACCCAAACUCUCUCUUCAAUCCCCUAUCUUCCAUCAUCAUCAUCGUCUUCUCAAUCGUCAACAGCAAAAACAGAGAUGCUUCUUUUCACAUCAUCACCAUCUCUGUCUUCCUCUUUUUAUCUCUCCGUCUCUUCAUGUAUUUGUCCAUCCUGAACACAAAAAGGAAUACAAAUACUUAAAUACUGUAUUAUAGACAUAUAAAUACUUAUAGAUAUAAUACCUCUACAUAUGCCCUCCUCUGUUUUUUGGGCAUUUUCUACAACUCCCAUCUUUUUAUUGAUUUAAAAUUUUGAGAAUUUGAGCCAUACCCGGUCCCUUUUAAGCAUAGUUAUUACAUUUGCGAGAAUACCCAUAUAUUGUUUUGCGAUUUUGGUUGUAAUUUUGAGGAUUGGUUGGCUGAAUGGGGAUUGAGACGAGCGUGGCCAAAAAGAAGGAAAAAGAAGAAUUUUGUGAACUGGAGAAGGAAAAGAAUCCAAUUUUGGACCCAUCUCCAAAACCAAAAGCCAAUACAAAUAGCCGUGGAGGCAAAAAGAUCCGGCGACGCCAGCAACAAAAGAAAACGGUGAUGGUUUCCCCGGUCCAAAAGCUUUAUGAUACUUGCAAGGAAGUUUUUACCUUUGGUGGCCCUGGAAUUGUUCCUCCUCCUGAUAAAAUCGAAAAGCUAAAAGCAGUUUUGGAUGACAUCAAACCGGAGGAUGUUGGUUUGAGUCCAGAAAUGCCAUAUUUUCGUACUCCUGCUGCUGGGAGAACCCCUGCAAUAAGAUACCUGCAUCUUCAUGAAUGUGACAAAUUCUCGAUGGGUAUCUUCUGCCUCCGUCCAUCUGGAGUUAUUCCCCUUCAUAAUCAUCCUGGAAUGACUGUUUUUAGCAAGGUACUGUUUGGAGAGAUGCACAUCAAAUCAUAUGAUUGGGUGGUUAAUGGCCCUUCCAAUGGUUCUGGCGUGGUGACUUAUUCUGAAGCAAUGCAGCCUGAGAUCCAGCAACCCGAUGUGAACCGACCUAACAUCCAGCAGCCUGAAAUCCAGCAACCUCCAAUUCAACUGGCUAAGGUCAAGGUUAACUCUAACUUCACUGCACCUUGCGAUACCCGAAUCCUUUACCCUAGUGAUGGAGGCAACAUGCAUUGUUUCACAGCAGUUACAGCAUGCGCGGUGCUAGACGUGCUCGGUCCCCCAUAUUCAGAUCCUGAUGGUCGACACUGCACGUACUAUUACGACUUCCCAUUUGCCAAUUUCUCAGUUGAUGGGGUCUCUGUGCCAGACGAGGAAAGAGAAAAUUAUGCAUGGCUUCAAGAUAGAGGGAGGCUACCUGAGGAAUUUGUUGUCGUUGGAGAAUUGUACAGAGGCCCAAAAAUUGAGAUCUGAACCAAAUCGAUCUUCUACAUUUUCCUCGAGUACAUCUCUUACCAUUUGCUGCUGCCAGUUCAGUAUAGCAGACUACAGUUAGAGCUUUUGUCCUAUUUUUUACUAUUUUGUUUUUGUCAUUUCCUUUUUUCUUUUCCCUGAUGGGUUAUGAAUUCUAAUGGGAUAUGAAGCACUUAGUGCUCUUUUUUCUUUUUCACUCAACAGUUUAUGUACAUAAAAGGUUAAGAAAAAAGGACAAAAGUGUUUGUAGGUGCACAGGAUAGAGAGGCUGACAGUUAAAUGAGAAAAUGUUAAAGGGGCACUUUUACUUUGGUUUUCGCUAUCA